AUGCCUAAGCUACUCGGGCAAGACGGGCGUUUGCUAUACGAAGCGAAAGAAAAGGACAAGAUCAACAAGAACAGCUACAAGGAGUAUCUGGCAAUGCUUGAUGACAAUCUCCAAAGCCUGUCAGCAACCAAGCAAUAUGACAUGAAGACUGCUACUCACCAGGACCCCCUUACCGCCUCAGCGGUGGUAGCGAAACUUCAGGGUGGGAUGACUGGCAAGAUUCAGAUCUCCCACGGAGAUCAUUCCAAGAUUUUGUCUCAGCAAACGGCCUUCUACGCAUCAGCUGUUAAGAUUAUACGCCGAGAGCUGGUUCAGUAUGGAAUGAUCGUUAGCAACCUCGCCAAAAAAACCAAGGACCAGCGUAGCGAAAUCCGAGCAAUCGCCAAACAGUUGCUAGGAUAUCUUGACGCAUACCAGCCGAAAAUUGUUGGCAAGGACAAGGCCGCUGCUCCUGAGAAAUAG